ACAAACACAACGCAAAGGAGGCAAGGCUCAACUGCCAUAGCUAUAAGAAGAAGAAGGAAUUGCAGUUUUAAUUCUUCAUUUCUGUUUGUUCUCAAUUGUUAACCAAUUACACUCUCUAUAAUCAACAGCAAUUUUACCGGCAGGAAUUUACAGGUGUCGGUUAACUCCAUUUCUCGCGUUUAUAAUUUCAUUGCCCUCAACAGUUUCGUCAUCUAGGAGUGGAAUUUCGUUUGUUGUUAUCGAUCAUUUGACAAGUGAACAUUUGGUGAAGUGAAGUAACUGCUAUAAGUUGUUAAAAAAUUUGUUGCGGCUAAGCAGCUUAUGAGGGUGGCCAAUGAGUGUCUCAUAAUGAUAAGGCUCAGGUGGGACCAUUGCCGAUGGGCACCCCCGAUAACAAACUAUCUGAGUUUCUAGACGUAGUGAGAUCCUGGAUCCCUCGUCGGGGUGAGCCUGCAAAUGUGUCAAGAGAUUUUUGGAUGCCGGAUCACAGCUGUAGGGUAUGCUAUGAGUGUGACAGCCAAUUCACUGUUUUCAACCGUAGGCAUCAUUGUCGUCUUUGUGGACUAGUCUUCUGUGCCAAGUGCACUGCAAACAGGGUUCCUGCUUCAUUUGAUGAGUCAAGGAUUAGCUGUGAAGAUUCAGAGAGGAUUAGGGUUUGUAAUUAUUGCUUCAAGCAAUGGGAUCAGGGGAUAGGAGCAGUUGAUAAUGGGACCGCCCAUGUGCCCAGUCCUGGUCUCAGCCCAUCACCAUCUGCUACAAGCUUGGCCAGCACCAAGUCCAACUGUACUUGUAACAGUAGCAGCUGUACUGUUGGUUCAACUCCUUACUCAACUGGACCUUAUCAACACGUGCCAUACACAUCUUGCAUUAGCCCUCGACAGUCUGCACAAAUGGAUCCUCCUACUGUCGAGCAGGAGAAUCUAGCAUCUGUGACAAGCAAAAGCCCAGAUGCUGCUAUAUUGUUUGAUUCCGCUCCUAAUCAGUUUGGCUUCUGCAUGAACAGGUGUGGGUUGGAGACAUGUGACAGUGUCAGAUUCAGACGGAGUGAUGAUGAGGAUGACGACUAUCAUGUUUAUCAUUCAGAUUCAGAGAUGAGGCAUUAUUCUCAGAGCAGUGACUAUUAUGGUGCUGUCAAUAUAGAUGAAAUUGAUCACACUUAUGGACCACAUGAAGUGCUACCUGAAGGAGAGAACACCAGUAGAAAAAAUUUAAGCUGUUCACAGUUAUCUGAGAGUUUUGAUACACAGGGUACGGAAAAAAUAAAGGAGCUUCGAGAAGAUGACAGUGGUGAUUGUGAAACUCCUUUAUACAAUGGGGAGGGUGCCAACAGUGCACCUGUGGAUUUUGAGAAUGAGGGGCUGCUCUGGAUUCCUCCAGAGCCUGAGGAUGAAGAGGAUGAGAGAGAAGCUGUGCUAUGUGAUGAUGAUGAUAAUGAUGAGGGUGCAACAGGGGAGUGGGGAUAUUUACGCACUGCCAACAGCUUUGGUAGUGGGGAGUGCCGUAGUAGAGAUAAGUCGAGUGAAGAGCAUAGAAAGGCCAUGAAGAAUGUGGUAGAAGGGCAUUUUAGAGCUUUGGUAUCUCAGCUUUUGCAGGUUGAAAACCUACCUAUGGGUGACGAAGAUGACAGAGAGAGUUGGUUAGAAAUAAUUACAUCUUUGUCAUGGGAAGCUGCAACACUUCUUAAGCCAGACACAAGCACUAGUGGAGGGAUGGAUCCUGGAGGAUAUGUGAAGGUUAAAUGUAUAGCUAGCGGACAUCGUAGUGACAGUAUGGUGAUUAAAGGAGUUGUUUGUAAGAAAAAUGUUGCCCAUCGGCGAAUGACAUCAAAAAUAGAUAAACCACAUUUUCUAAUCCUUGGAGGAGCUUUGGAGUAUCAGCGUGUCGCUAACCACUUGUCAAGUGUGGAUACUUUGUUGCAACAGGAAAUGGACCAUUUGAAGAUGGCUGUUGCAAAGAUUGCUGCUCAUCACCCCAAUGUUCUUUUGGUAGAGAAGUCAGUAUCCCGGUAUGCACAGGAGUAUCUUCUUGCAAAAGACAUAUCACUUGUUCUGAAUAUUAAGAGGCCACUUUUGGAGCGUGUAGCUCGCUGCACUGGUGCACAAAUUGUCCCAUCAAUUGAUCAUCUCAAAUCACAGAAAUUGGGGUAUUGUGACAUGUUUCACGUGGAGAAAUUUCUUGAAAAACAUGGUAGUGCAGGACAAGGAGGUAAACAAUUGAUGAAGACACUAAUGUUCUUUGAGGGUUGUCCCAAGCCCUUGGGCUUUACUAUUUUGCUGAGGGGUGCCAGUGGUGAUGACUUGAAGAAGGUGAAACAUGUGGUGCAGUAUGGUGUUUUUGCAGCUUAUCACCUGGCUCUGGAGACAUCAUUUCUGGCUGAUGAAGGUGCUUCACUUCCAGAGCUCCCCUUGAAAUCUCUGAUAACUGUUGCAUUACCCGAUAAGCCAUCAAGCAUUGAUCGGUCCAUUUCCACAAUACCUGGCUUUAUGAUCCCUGCCACUGGAAGGCCAUCAACUCAUCAACCUAUUAGUGAAUUACAGAAAUCCAACAAAGACCUUAUUUCAGAUGGAGUCUCAAGCAUCAAUUACGAUUCUGUGUCUAAAUUGAAAGGAGUCAACUCAACUUCCUUAUCUGAACCUUCUGCAGGCUCUAUUGAAGCUGCUGCUUUCUCUGUUUCCUUAUCUCCUACUGGGAAGAAUAUCUCAUAUUCUUACCACAUUGAUUCCUCACCCAAACAUGCCUUUGAGGAGGAAAAUAAAGUGGUUCCUAAAGAACUUGUCAAGGCUAAAAUACUGGACCCUGGAGGAAUUGCUCUGGAUGAUCAUGCAGUUUCUAGUGGUUUUGGCACCUCAGACAUAUCAAGACAAGAUGAUGGUUGCAAUAUUGUGCACGUUAAUCCCUUGGCAACUCCAGAGUUGUUGUCCAAGCAAGAUAAUGUUAAUAACAAUGAAGAGAUAGGAUCUUCAAAGGAAGAAUUUCCUCCCUCUCCUUCUGACCAUCAGAGCAUUUUGGUGUCCUUGUCAACACGCUGUGUAUGGAAGGGAACUGUUUGUGAACAGGCCCAUCUUCUACGAAUCAAAUAUUAUAAUAGCUUUGAUAAGCCUUUGGGGAGAUUUCUACGAGAUCAUUUGUUUGAUCAGAGCUAUCGUUGUCGUUCAUGUGACCAGCCAUCAGAUGCUCAUGUUCAUUGUUACACUCAUCGACAAGGUAGUCUUACAAUAUCUGUUAAGAAACUCCCAGAGUUUCUCUUACCAGGAGAACGGGAAGGAAAAAUUUGGAUGUGGCACAGGUGUCUGCGGUGUCCUCGAACCAAUGGGUUCCCUCCAGCUACUAGGAGGGUUGUAAUGUCUGAUGCUGCCUGGGGUUUAUCCUUUGGGAAAUUUUUGGAGCUUAGCUUUUCUAAUCAUGCUGCUGCAAGCAGAGUUGCAAGUUGUGGUCAUUCGCUUCACAGGGAUUGUCUCCGGUUCUAUGGUUUUGGGAGAAUGGUUGCUUGCUUCCGCUAUGCUUCAAUUGAUGUUCAUUCUGUUUAUCUUCCACCAUCGAAGCUUGAGUUCAACUAUGAUAAUCAAGAUUGGAUUCAAAAAGAAGCAAAUGAGGUAUUUAGCAAAGCAGAAUUUCUAUUUAAUGAAGUGCAUAAUGCUCUACAUCAGAUUUCAGUGAAAAUAGGGGCAGGUUCAAAGGAUGGGGGCAUGAAAAAUGAAUCAAGACUUCCUAUCUCAGAAUUGGAAGAGAUGCUGGAACGGGAUAAAUCAGAGCUUAAGGAAUCUUUGCUGAAAGCGGUGUGCAAGGAUGUAAAACUUGGCCAACCUGCAACUGAUAUUCUUGAGAUCAACAAAUUAAGAAGGCAGCUACUUUUCCAUUCAUAUGUUUGGGACCAGCGCCUGAUACAUGCAGCCAGUUUAUGUAGCAACAGUAGUACCACAAAAUUCAAAGAGAAGCCAGUCAGUUUCAUAGAGAAGUUUGCUGAGGGGAAUGUGACUUCCAAGCCGGAUAAAGGCUUUAGUAGUUGUGACUCUGUACUUCAGGACAAAAAGCCUUAUAUAUAUUUUACUCAAGGAGGAGUUUCUGGUGACAUUAGUGAGCCAGAUGGAGUUCACAAACAAAUUGGUGUAGAUCAAGACCUAAAUUUCAAGAAUGAGGCAGAGCAUUGUCCAAGUGUUGGCAAUAAAUCUAAAAUACAGGAAUCUAGGAGAAUUGUCCGACGAUCUUUAUCAGAGGGAGAGUUUCCUGUCAUGGCCAAUUUAUCUGACACCCUUGAUGCAGCAUGGACUGGUGAAAAUCACCAAGCAAACAUCAUUGCUAAAGAGAAUGACUGUUCUCUUCCUGCCCCUGCCUUGUUUGGUUCCUCAACUAUGGUUAAUUCAGUAUCAAUGAGUAGUAUCAAUCAAGGUGGGUCUGAAGUGUUACCUACUCAUAGCUCUGUAUUAUCUUCCAAGACAACUGACCAUGAGGAAUACUGCAAAAGUUGGGUUGGGAUGCCUUUUCUGAAAUUCUAUAGUUCAUUUAAUAAAAAUGCUUUACUUAAUGCUCAAAAGCUUGCUGUUGCGGAGUACAAUCCUACAUAUGUUUUGUCAUUUUGGGAGUUUGAACGGCAAAGUGGUGCUAGGUUGCUUCUACCUGUUGGUAUUAAUGACACUGUUGUGCCUGUCUAUGAUGAUGAACCUACUAGUAUUAUAGCAUAUGCACUUAUCUCAUCGGAUUAUCAUGUCCAGAUUUCUGAGUCUGAGAAACAGAAAGAUGCUGCUGAUUCUGCAUUUUUUGAUCCAGUGAAUGUAUCCUCAAGUUACACCUCUGAUGAUGCCUCUUUUGAUAGUUUUAAAAGUCUUGGGUCAACUGAUGAGAGCAUCUUAACAAUGUCUGGGUCUAGGAGCUCCCAAGUUUUGGAUCCACUGUCAUACACAAAGGACUUGCAUGCCAGAAUUUCUUUUACAGAUGAUGGCCCUCUUGGUAAAGUAAAGUACACAGUUACCUGUUACUAUGCUAAGCGAUUUGAUGCCCUGAGGAGAAUAUGCUGCCCUUCUGAGUUAGAUUUCAUACGAUCUCUAAGUCGUUGUAAGAAGUGGGGGGCCCAAGGUGGAAAAAGCAAUGUCUUCUUUGCAAAAACCUUAGACGAUCGAUUUAUUAUCAAACAAGUUACAAAGACAGAGCUGGAGUCUUUCAUCAAGUUUGGGCCACAUUAUUUCAAGUACUUGUCAGAGUCUAUUGGCACAGGAAGCCCAACUUGCCUGGCAAAGAUCCUAGGUAUUUAUCAGGUUUCAUCAAAGCACCUCAAAGGAGGGAAAGAAACGAAGAUGGAUGUUUUAGUCAUGGAGAAUCUUCUUUUCAGGCGCAAUAUUACUCGACUAUAUGACCUCAAGGGUUCUUCCCGAUCACGGUAUAACCCAGAUACAAGUGGGAGUAAUAAAGUUCUGCUAGAUCAGAAUUUGAUUGAAGCAAUGCCAACUUCUCCAAUUUUUGUGGGAAACAGGGCAAAGCGACUGCUAGUAAGAGCUGUCUGGAAUGAUACUGCAUUUCUUGCUUCAAUUGAUGUGAUGGACUACUCGUUACUGGUUGGUGUGGAUGAGGAAAAGCAUGAACUGGUGAUUGGGAUAAUUGAUUUUAUGAGGCAAUAUACAUGGGACAAGCACCUAGAAACUUGGGUGAAGACCAGUGGGAUCCUUGGUGGACCCAAGAACACAUCUCCGACUGUUAUCUCCCCGCAACAAUACAAGAAGCGUUUCAGGAAAGCUAUGAGCACAUAUUUUCUGAUGGUGCCGGAUCAGUGGUCACCCCCUAUGAUCAUUCGCAGUGAAUCCCAAUCAGAUAUCUUUGAAGAAAACUCACAGGGCACUUCCUCCCUCGAUUCAUAACGUAAAACCCACAUCCUAUGUUCCUUUUGCCUGUAUAUGUCAAAGAUCAGGGUAAAAAUGGCUCUUUAAAGCCAACAAUUUUUUUCUCACCAGGGACAGUGGCGGUGGAUUUUCUCUGGAGUUACUGUACAAUUCAAUAAUCUGUAGAUUUUGUUAGCGUACCCACACAGAUAUGCGCACAGUUUAUUUUUUAAGUAGUUAAUGUUGUCAAUGUAGUCUAUUAUGGGUUUAGUUCAAAAGUCUCCAGUCUUUCACCUUGGUGAUUUCUGAUUCAAGAGAAGGUUGCCACACGGUUUUCAACAGAGGAGGAUUUAUGUUCAGUUAGGGCAUGAACAGAUGGAGCGUUUUCAAGAUGCCGAGAAAUACCCAAAUUGAUGGGCGGUUUUGAGACCUAUCACAGUGUUAUUCUUUUGUAAUUGUUUUGUAUCAAAAAUAGUAGGCAGUCAAGGAAGAAUAUGACUGAUAUCUCAGGAAUAAACCUUGAAAUGUGAGUUUGUACAACGAUGUUCCCUAGAAAAACUGACAUUCAUAAUUUGCAAGGACUUUACAGAAAAGCUGAGUUUGUCACAUAUUUUUUUUAA